CCAGCCUAGUGCCACCGAUCAACGAAUCCACAGGCCGGCUUUCUGCUCUGCCCCGCCCACAGUGCCACGUCAGCCAAUGGCGCCACCGGGACAGAGUGAAGGAACUUGGAGUUUGACCGAUCAAAUGUCAGCUCAAGGGUUGGGUGCCGCGGAUUGGUGGUUUUGUGGCGCCGAUAAGUCAGGAGGGUCGCGACCGCCGGCACGGGUCAGACCGUAUUCCUGUCCACACCAGUUCGUUCCCUGCCGCGUCCUUCCUCCUGUAGCAGUGAAUCCUUGCCUCCACGCCACCUACCGCCGGAAAGCUGGGCACGCACGCCAGGGGUACCUACGCAAACACCGCCACGACUUCUUGCCCUCUUGUGCGCUUCGGCGGGAGCGGCGGCCAUCUUGUGCGUCGCUCGACCGCCACAAUGGAGCGCGGGGAGGCGGCGUGCCGGGUGUGUGGGGACAAAGCAUCGGGGAAGCAUUACGGCGUGCCAUCCUGUGACGGCUGCCGAGGGUUCUUCAAGAGAUCCAUCCGCCGCUACCGUAACAAGACAUUGGACUACGUGUGCAAAGAGGCGGGCACUUGUGUCGUAGACGUCACUCGGAGGAACCAGUGCCAGGCGUGCCGCUUCAAGAAGUGUCUCGACGUCAACAUGAAGAAAGACGCCGUGCAGCACGAGCGAGCGCCGCGGUCCUGCCAGAAGCGGCCCAUGUUCGCCCCAGACAUGCCAGGGUCGACAGGGUUUCCUCCGGUGUCCGUUGGCGGUGGAGCCAGCCUGCCACCCUUGCCGCCCUACUACCCAGCACUACUUCCGCCCAUGCCCUUCAAGCCGCCUUUCCUCCCCAUGACCCCUUCCAUGGCGCCCCUCAACCUGCACUUCAGCCACAACUCGGCCUUCAAGCCCAACCUGGCUGCCCUCACCAACGAGUUGCGGCGGCCCUUCACCGAGGCCGCCCUGCACCACUCUCCCUCGCCGCCCCAGGACUCCAAGGCCCCAAUCAACGAGCGUCUGGACCACAAAUUCCCUGUCUGUGAAGCCUUCGAGUUCAAGCCGCCAGUUAGCGAGCGCUUGGGACUGAAGCCACCAAUCAUGGAGCAUCUUGAGCUGAAACCGCUGCCGGUCGAUCACCGGCCACCAAUGAGCUCUCUGGUCGACAUCUCACGAGCAGCCAAUGAGGGAUCGGCAUUCAGUCCGCCACGCCGCGCCGCCUCGCCGCCCCCUUCCACCGGAGGGGAAACUGAGGUGACCAGCUCCGACGGGAACACCAAGAACAACACCAAAGCCUCCAUUGCCGCCGCCAUCAUCCACAGCACCGCCACCAUCUCCACCACCACAACCACGGCAGACGUAUCCACCUGCGCCACCACCGCGCCCGCCUCCACCUCCACCACAACCACAACCACAACCACCACCACCAUCAACAACAACAAUGACACAGUCACCAACAAUAACAUUGGGAUAGCUGCUGCAAUUACCUGCAAAAUCAACAAUGAUAAGAGGGAGUCGAGUUCACCACCACCAGCGUUCCUCACGGUCCCACGCUCCCCCUCCCUUGCCAGCCCCGCCAGUACGCCCCUCCCCUCACCCACCUCGCCCUCCCCGCCCAUCAACGCUAUGCAGUCAUCGGCGCCGCCCAUCACAGUGGACGCCGGCGCGCUGGUUAUUUCCCCAACAGACAGCGUGUACGAGAAUGCCGCCAAACUGCUGUUCCUGGGUGUCAAAUGGGCGAGGUCUAUCCCGUCAUUUAUGCAGUUGCCCUUCCGAGACCAAGCGAUCUUGCUAGAGGAAUCCUGGAGUGAGCUGUUUGUCGUGGCCGCCGCUCAAUGGUCUCUUCCCCUUGACCAAGGGGGCCUGGUGCGCGACGCAGACCUAUCAACGGAACAUGAAGCUGGGCUGGUACGCACCGUGGAGGGUAUGAGGGAUGUCAUCACGCGGUUGCACGCCCUCAGGGUGGACCAUACUGAAUAUGCCUGCCUCAAGGCUCUCAUCCUUUUCCGCCCAGAGGCGCGAGGGCUGCGUGACGGGUAUGGCGUGGAGGUGUUGCAGGACCAAACCCAACUCAUGCUGCACGAGUACCUGGCGAGCAAAGUGUGUGGGGCCGGUGGCAGGGUGAGGGCUGGCAAAUUGCUGCUGCUACUUCCUGCCCUUGGUCACAUAUCCGCUACUGCCGUGCAAGAGAUCUUCUUCAGGCGGACAGUUGGCAACACCCCCAUUGAGAGAGUCCUCUGUGACAUGUUUAAGUCAAGCUGAAGUCUGAAGUCGUAUCUAACCCACUGACCGCCACUUUUGAAAGUGGCGCCUGUUUGUAUUCAAUGCCUUGCCCGAGGCCCUCUCUCUCUCUCUCUCUCUCUCUCUCUCUCUCUCUCUCUCUCUCAUAUAUGUACUUAACUGGUCCCACUACCUAUAAGAAUCCAUGUUA